AUGUUCAACAUUAAAUAAACUCGUGUUGAGCAAGUGAAAUUACUUGACCGAUUCAGUACCAGCAACAAGUCACUAACAGGAACACUCUAUCUUACAGCCACACAUCUAUUAUUUAUAGACUCUCAUCAGAAAGAAACCUGGAUAUUGCAUCACCAUAUUGCCUUAGUGGAGAAACUAGCUUUGACUACUUCUGGAUGCCCACUUGUGAUUCAGUGCAAGAACUUCAGGAUUGUGCAUUUCAUUGUUCCCAGAGAAAGAGAUUGCCAUGAUAUUUACAAUUCCCUGCUACAACUGUCAAAACAAGCAAAAUAUGAAGAUCUCUAUGCAUUCUCGUACAAUCCCAAACAAAACGAUUCGGAGCGACUCCGAGGCUGGCAGCUCAUUGACCUUGCCGAGGAAUAUAAGAGGAUGGGAGUGCCAAAUUCAAACUGGCAGCUGUCUGAUGCCAACCGAGAAUACAAGAUUUGUGAAACUUACCCCAGAGAACUUUAUGUUCCCCGAAUAGCAAGUAAACCAAUAAUUGUUGGUAGUUCCAAGUUCCGGAGCAAGGGAAGAUUCCCAGUUCUUUCCUACUAUCAUGAACAUAAAGAGGCUGCCAUUUGUCGAUGUAGUCAGCCACUAUCAGGAUUCAGUGCCAGGUGCCUGGAGGAUGAACAUUUGCUUCAAGCCAUUAGUAAAGCCAACCCAGUCAAUCGCUAUAUGUAUGUAAUGGAUACCAGGCCCAAACUGAAUGCAAUGGCCAACAGAGCAGCUGGAAAAGGUUAUGAAAAUGAAGACAACUAUUCUAAUAUUAGAUUUCAGUUUGUUGGAAUCGAAAAUAUUCACGUCAUGCGGUCCAGCCUUCAGAAGUUAUUGGAAGUUAAUGGUACCAAAGGGCUUUCUGUCAGUGAUUUCUACUCUGGUGUGGAGAGCUCAGGAUGGCUUCGCCAUAUCAAAGCUGUUAUGGAUGCAGCAAUCUUCUUAGCCAAAGCAAUAACGGUUGAAAGUGCAAGUGUGUUGGUACAUUGUUCUGAUGGUUGGGAUAGGACGUCCCAGGUCUGUUCCCUUGGCUCUCUCUUACUGGAUUCCUACUACAGGACAAUCAAAGGAUUCAUGGUUUUAAUAGAAAAGGAUUGGAUCUCUUUUGGACAUAAGUUUUCAGAGAGGUGUGGCCAUUUGGAUGGUGACCCAAAGGAAGUCUCACCGGUGUUUACUCAGUUCUUGGAAUGUGUGUGGCAUUUGACCGAACAGUUUCCACAAGCCUUUGAAUUCAAUGAAGCGUUUCUCCUUCAGAUCCAUGAACAUAUUCAUUCAUGCCAAUUUGGAAACUUCCUUGGAAAUUGUCAGAAGGAAAGAGAAGAACUCAAGUUAAAGGAGAAGACUUACUCCCUGUGGCCUUUUCUCCUGGAUGACCAGAAGAAGUACUUAAAUCCUCUCUACACUUCCAAAUCUCCAAAAUUUACAGUUUUGGAGCCAAAUACAGUAUCUUUCAAUUUUAAGUUUUGGAGAAACAUGUACCACCAAUUUGACCGAACGUUGCAUCCUAGACAGUCUGUGUUUAAUAUAAUUACGAAUAUGAAUGAGCAAAAUAAGCAGUUAGAGAAAGACAUUAAAGACUUAGAAUCUAAAAUUAAACAAUGUAAAAAUAAGCCAACAGAUGGAAUUCUCACCAAGGAAUUGAUACAUUCAGUUCAUCCUGAAUCACCUACCCUCAAAACUUCCUUGUGUUUCAAGGAGCAAACUCUGUUACCUGUGAAUCAUGCUCUUCGAACUAUAGAGGGCAGCAACCCAGCAGAUAAUCGUUACAGUGAAUACGCUGAGGAGUUUUCCAAAUCGGAACCCGGUGUGGUCAGCUUAGAGUAUGGUGUGGCAAGAAUGACUUGUUAG